AUGCCUAUCACUGUUGGAUCCCUACAGUAUCUGCUAUUGAAGUCACCUGUACCUCAGGCUAGUUUAGUUUUGGUGUAUGUGGAUGCUGUGGCUGCUGCUUACAACCUGCUUCAACUAAGUAGAUGCUCUUUGUCAGCUUGGAGUAAAGGAAACUUCAAGGGAUCUUACAGAUAUCUGGCCUGGGUUUGUUGCUUAUUGGAUCAGUUAGUAGUGUACGCUACAUUCGCAAGCACACUCAGCGAAGCACUUGAGCACUCGGUUUUAGCCCUAACCGGGCAAAGGUCUUUCAAUGGACGAAGUGGUGCAGCAAGUUCUCUAGAUUCUGCUUCCAAAUCGGUGGGGCAUUGGCAU